AUGACCUUGACUUCAUUGCUACUUGAAAAGAGCCUGUUCCAGCACCAAAGAGUCUCAUUUACGUUGGCACAUAUGGCAGCAAAUCUAGAACUAGCACGUUGGAUCACUUACCGCGCCGCGCACGGUAUCGACAGCGGUGAACUUCCUCCUAUUAUGCUUCAAUUGCGAAGUGUUUCGCCGCCGAUACCGCCAAUGUUGCGGCCAGCAAUGCUGUACAAAUUUUUGGAGUGCCCGGGUGCGUUUUAUUUUCCGCUGGAAAUGAUGGUUGAUUUGAGUGCUAAGAUACCGCACAAUGGAGCACUUAUUCCAGUGAAAUAUGCCAUGCAGUUGGCGAUUACGAUCGAGUCGAUAAUUGAUGCGAAUAAGGUAAACAAUCCUGGCAGAGCAUGGAGCACUGUCUCAACAAUUAAUACGUAA